UACCCCUUUGCCGUGCGUACCUUCGUCUUCGCCAUGCCGCUGAGCAUGGCCUGCCCCAUCAUGCUGGAGAGCCUCCUCUUUGACCUCCGCACCCGCAACCCCACUCUCUUCGUCUACUUCUACCGGCGCUACUGCUGGCUGCUGGUGGCCGCCUUCUUCAACGUCAGCAAAAUCCCCGAGCGGAUCCAGCCAGGGCUCUUUGACAUCGUGGGGCACAGCCACCAGCUUUUCCAUAUCUUCACCUUCCUCAGCAUCUACGACCAGGUGCACUAUGUGGAGGAUGGGCUGGCCGAGUUCCUCAAGGCACCCCUGGCUGCCCCCACCUACUUGGGCACUGUGGGCUAUAUGGUGCUCCUGACGCUCUGCCUGGCUGUGGUCGUCAGGAGGUUCCUCAACGUCGCAGACCUCUGCAAGCAGGACUAG